AUGGAGGCUCAAACUAAAUUCAAAGUUCCUGAUAACUUUCAGGAGCGGAACAAUCUUCCUCUUACUGUUAAGAUCAAAACCAAGAAAGAUGGAUUGUUCAACAAGAACACAAAAUCAGAAGAGAAAGUGAUACUAAAAGGAGUGUCAGGGAUAGUGGAACCAGGCGAAAUGCUAGCGAUGUUAGGACCAUCAGGAAGUGGCAAAACGACACUCCUAAAUGCAUUAGGAGGCAGACUCAAAAGCAACUCCAAACUGCAAGGAACGAUAACUUACAACAACAAACCCUUCUCAAACACAACCAAGAGAAACAUCGGAUUCGUCACCCAAGAUGACAUCCUCUACCCACACUUAACUGUCACUGAAACCUUAGUCUUCACAGCCCUUCUCAGACUACCGAACACUCUCACCAAAAAAGAGAAAGUCUUACGGGCAGAAGCUGUGAUAUCCCAGCUAGGGUUAACCAAGUGUAAGGAUAGCAUAAUAGGAGAGUCAUUGGUAAGAGGGGUUUCAGGAGGAGAGAGGAAGAGGGUCAGUAUUGGGCAAGAGAUGUUGGUAAACCCCAGCUUGCUGUUUUUGGACGAGCCAACGUCUGGACUUGACUCAACCACAGCUCAAAGGAUUCUGUCCACUCUGCGGGAGCUGGCUAAUGCCGGAAGGACCGUGGUUAUGACCAUACACCAACCUUCAAGCAGAUUGUACUACAUGUUUUGUAAGGUUUUGUUGUUAUCUGAAGGAAGCCCUUUGUUCUUUGGGAAGGGUUCUGAUGCCAUGAACUAUUUUCUGAGUCUUGGAUAUGCCCCCACAGUAGGCAUGAAUCCUUCUGAUUUCCUUUUGGAUCUUGCAAAUGGUAUGUCUUCUUGUUCUGGGGAUUUUGCAGGAAUUUAUACUGAUGAAUCUUGUGAAGACCAUGCCUCACUUAAGCAGACGUUGGUGUUAGCAUACAGGCAUGACCUUGAAGCACAAGUGAAGGAAAUGGUUCGUGCAGUAAGUGAUUUCGGUAAAACUGGAAGUAGAUUUCAAGGGGAAUCAGAUGGGUGGGCGACAAGUUGGUUUCAGCAAUUUAAUGUGUUGCUCAAAAGGGGAGUGAGGGAGAGAAGAUACGAGUCAUUCUCUGGCCUCAAAGUCACUCAGAUCGUUAUGGCGGCCAUUAUUUCAGGACUUCUAUGGUUUAAGUCUGACAUUUCGCACUUGCAGGAUCAAACCGGUCUCCUAUUCUUCAUAGCUAGUUUCUGGAGUUUCUUCCCAAUGUAUCAAGCCAUCUUCACAUUCCCACAAGAAAGGACAAUGCUUGAGAAAGAAAGAUCCGCUGGAAUAUACAGGCUGUCCUCUUACUUCAUCUCAAGGAUUGUAGCUGACCUGCCCAUGGAGCUUGUCCUUCCCACAGUUUUUCUCAUCAUAUCCUACUGGAUGGCGGGCCUCAAACCCCAUGCCCUGAAUUUCUCGUACACACUCUUCGGCCUCUUACUCAAUGUGCUGGUCUCACAAGGCCUAGGCCUUGCUCUCGGCGCAAUUGUGAUGGAUCAAAGCUCUGCAAGUACACUUGGCUCUGUGGUUAUGCUGACUUUCAUGCUAGCUGGGGGAUACUUUGUCCAACAUGUCCCUAAAUUUAUAGCUUGGAUCAAGUACUUCUCCAUCAGCUACUACAUAUACCGACUGUUUGUAGGGUCUCAGUUUGAGAGUAGGGACACAUACCCCUGUUCUGAAGGGCAGUGUUUGGUUGCAGAAUUUCCUUCUAUAAAGCAAAUGGGGCUGGAUCCGGAGGACCAAGUGAUUGCUGCUUUGGCUCUAGUGAUAAUGCUGAUAGGUUUUAGACUCAUAGCUUAUUUAGCUCUGAUGAGGAUUGGGGUGACUAAGAAAUUUGUCUAG